GUCAGAAUAUGUAAAUAAUGUCAGGUGAUUUAAAUCAUUAGCGAUCUGUUUUCCAUUUCGCGAUACAUAUUUUUUUUUUUUAUUUAACGUACGUUUGUUCUCGUACUCUUCGAUCCAGCAUUGUUACUUUCGUGGGAUUAUACGAUUAACGAACGAUAUUAAUUCAUUUUUACACCCUGUUUGACCUUGGUUUACGUUUUGACAAAUUUGUUAGAUUUAUGUAAUGUUUUAGUAAUUCCUUUAAUUUCUUAUAAAUAAUAGGAAUAUCAACAAUGUCUGAAAGAAUUCCUUCUAAUCAACCACAGCCUAUCGUUAAGAUAGGACAUUAUACGCUUGGACAAACUUUGGGUGUUGGAACAUUUGGUAAAGUAAAAAUUGGAGAACAUGUUUUAACAAAACAUAAAGUUGCUGUAAAAAUUCUAAAUCGUCAGAAAAUCAAAAGUCUAGAUGUGGUUGGAAAAAUUCGAAGAGAAAUACAAAAUCUUAAACUUUUUAGACAUCCUCAUAUUAUUAAAUUAUAUCAAGUUAUAAGCACACCCACAGACAUAUUUAUGAUAAUGGAGUAUGUAUCUGGUGGAGAAUUGUUUGACUAUAUUGUGAAACAUGGAAAACUUAAGGAAUACGAGGCACGAAGAUUUUUCCAGCAAAUUAUUUCAGGCGUUGAUUAUUGUCACAGGCAUAUGAUAGUUCAUCGUGACUUAAAACCAGAAAACCUUCUGUUAGACCACAAUCUACAUGUAAAAAUAGCAGAUUUCGGUUUAUCAAACAUGAUGAUGGAUGGAGAGUUUUUACGUACUUCCUGCGGUUCUCCUAAUUACGCGGCGCCAGAAGUAAUUUCGGGUAAACUUUAUGCUGGUCCAGAAGUAGAUAUCUGGUCUUGUGGAAUAAUAUUGUAUGCUUUACUUUGUGGUACUCUACCAUUCGACGAUGAACAUGUAUCUACCCUAUUUCGUAAAAUCAAAUCUGGAAUUUUCCCCAUUCCAGAAUACCUAAAUAAAACUGUUGUCAGCCUUUUAUGUCAUAUGUUGCAAGUGGACCCUAUGAAAAGGGCCACUAUUGAAGAUAUCAAGAAACAUGAAUGGUUCCAAAAGGAUUUACCUUCGUAUUUGUUCCCGUCGCCCGUUGAACAGGAUUCUUCUGUAAUCGAUAUAGAUGCAAUAAACGAAGUUUGCGAGAAAUUUAAUGUAAAGGAAGCAGAAGUUCAUUCUGCAUUAUUAGGUGGAGAUCCCCACGACCAAUUGGCGAUUGCCUAUCAUUUGAUAAUAGACAAUAAAAGAAUCGCUGAUGAGGCUGCUAAGGCGGAAUUAAAAGAUUUCUAUGUAGCAUCUAGCCCACCUCCUGUUGCUUUUAGUCCCAAUGAUUCUAAUAACAGUCCUCUGAGACCACAUCCAGAGAGAAUAGCACCAUUCCGAGAACGACAAAGUUCUCAAGGGAGUACGUCAUCCCAGACGCAAGGUAAUCGUACUCCAGUAAAACGAGCCAAAUGGCACUUAGGAAUUCGCUCACAAUCUAAACCCAAUGAUAUCAUGAACGAAGUCUACCGUGCUAUGAAAGCUCUUAGCUUUGAAUGGAAAAUCAUAAAUGCCUACAGUGUUAGAGUACGGCAAAAAAAUAAAUUAGCCGACAAGUACAGCAAGAUGUCGUUACAACUGUAUCAAGUUGAUUAUAAAAGCUAUUUACUGGAUUUUAAGUCUUUGUCCAGUGAAGAAGGAGAGGAAAUAGGACGAGACCCUACACUUCCGCCGCCUCAAGCAACAGGUCAUCAUACAAUGGAAUUCUUUGAAAUGUGUGCAGCAUUAAUUACGCAAUUGGCUCGAUGAAUUUUCUACAUAACACGAGUCAUUGUUUAUUUUAGGAUUAUGUUAACUGAAACUGUUAAAAAAUUUUAUUUCUUGUUUUAAUUACAACGCAUACUAUGCAAUUUCUAGGAUAACGGGGUCUUUUAGAGAAAAUACAAAUGAAUAUUAAUUUCUCAGAGGAAUUAAGUGCAAACAGAGAUGAUAAUAAAUUCAUGAAAAGUGAAAUAA